UAUGGUGAGACGAGGGAGGCGGCAAAGCGAGAGAGAGCUCGAGGUCUGAGCUCGGAGAAGAGAGAGAGAGAGAGCCUUCGCUUCGAAGGAGACGAAUCAGACGAUGGGUUCUCCCUUUUGAUGAAAGGAGAUCGAUGUGGGAGACGAUGGGCGGAUGGGUUGAAUCGGAGGAGAUCGAUGUCGUUCUCUGUUGAUUUGAUCGAAGCCGAAGGAGAAGAAGAUCUAAGGAGAAGAAGUAUAAACAUUAAACGACAACGUUUGAUUUUAAAAAAAACAUAAAUGGGUUAAAUGGAUACCCAUUUAUCUUAGAGAAAACCCAUUUAAUAAAUGGGUCUUAAAAGGGUUACCCAUAUAAAACCCGAAUAGUUAAAUGGGUCUAAAUGGGCAUUUAUUUUUUUAUAAACCCAUAUGGGUCUGCGGGUUUCAAACUCAUAUUAACAUCCCUAAGUGGUUUGAUUAAGAGUUCAUUAGUGUUUCUACACCAAAAAAUCUGGGUUUUGAACCCAGUAAAAACGGAAUUAUGAGAAUUAUAGAAGAGUGUGCUUAUAAGAAAUUUUGUAGCAUGACGCAAAGAUUACCGUCAGGCAUAUAUCCGAUAAGGUGAUAGGGUGGUUCACGGAUAGAAUUGUCGGAUAUAAAAUUAUCUGUAAUAUUCUCGUAGUUUAUAAUAACAUAAUUAUCCAGAAUUAAAAAAAAUCAUCUAGUUAAGUAUCAUUAAUUUACCAAAAGCUAGAGAAAAAGAAAAACUGGUUCGUGAUCUGGACGGGAGUCUUCUAACCGGAUUAUCCUGAUUUUGUGUGCAUAUUUAUUUGUUCCUUUAGAUACUAAUCUUACAAUAAAAAUUAUUUAGAGUUUGUGAAUUUAACCACCCAAGCAGUCAUGGAAGAUUCAAAACAGUCUCUCUCACGACGACUACGACGUGAGCAAGAUCGUGCUGCUGAUAACUACACAACAACCAUUCCUUUUGAUCUCAUCAUUGAGAUACUCUCUUUCCUUCCCGCAAAAUCACUCAUACGAUUCCAAUCCGUGUCGAAGCUAUGGUUCUCUACUAUCCGCACCAAAAAUUUCAUCGACUUGUUCCUCACUAGAUCAAAGACUAGACCUCGUCUUCUUUUAACUUUCCUGCACUUACAACCCACAAAACGUUUCAUAUUAUCCGCUCCUGAACACAACAACAACGAGGAUGUCGACAAGUCCUCAUCCACAGUCACCCUCAGGCAUGACAUGGCCAUCUCGGAUCCGGUCUACUGCAACAUGUCUCGCCCGGUAAACGGUCUGGUUUGUUGCAGACGUAAUUCAUCCAUCACCGUUUGUAAUCCUGCCACUAGAAAAAUUGUAAAACUGCCAGAUGUUACACGCAACGGAAGAGACAUAUACGCACGUCUUGGCUAUGAUCCAGUCCAAGAUCAAUACAAAGUGUUGUGUGUGAUGACGAAAUUCAAUUUGUUCCGCCCUGACGAAAAAGAUAUCCGACAGGAGCAUUUAGUUUGCACAGUGACAUCAUCUGAGAAACAAGAGUGGAGAAAGAUUGAGAACACCACCAUAGAUUGUUAUCGUAGCUUCAGCGAAGGGAUAUGCAUUGAUGGUGCUAUAUACUACGAAGCUGGACAGUCACGGAUAGUUAGAUUUGAUGUAAGAACUGAGAAUAUUAAGGUAAUUAAAGUACCUGAAGAGUCAGAUCUCUCGAGAACAUUCCCUUCAACUCUUUUAAAUUACAAGGGGAAAUUGGGAGGUGUAGAUUAUCCUUAUAAUAAAAGCGUUAUGAUGAGAUUGUGGAUUCUUGAGGAUGCUGAGAAGCAAGAAUGGUCGAGCAUGACUUGUGUCUUACCUUCUGAGUUGAAAUAUUUACUCGGGAGUUACGUAGUGUCUAAAGGAGAUAUUCACAACGGCGAACUUAUGGUGUUUCAUCCAUGGUCAUGGUCAUCUACGCAAAUUUUUUUUUGGUAUUAUGAUUUUAAGAAAGAGAGUUUAAUAAGAAAAUUAAAGGUGGUGGUGGAUGGUGAUUUCAGACGUAUACAUGGGAUGGGUGAGCUAAAUGGUGAUAUGUUAUGUUAUCCAGGUUACUUUGAGAAUGUUAGGUUCUUGUGA